AUGUCGGCCGAAGUAUCUCACGGCCGCGGCGGAGCGGGAAACAUCGAUGUCGACGACACUAAAUACGUCGACGGCGAGGUUGUGCGAUCCGGAGACGUGGGCAGCCAUGGCGACGGCGCGUUCAGUGCCGGCCGAGGAGGCGCCGGCAACAUCACCGACAUCGGAACCACAUCAGCUCAGCGCAAAGACACCGAUUUCGUCCCCGAGGCUGCUGUGAGAGCAAGCCAGGAUGUCCAGGGGUAUCACACGGGUCGCGGCGGCGCAGGCAAUGAGCAUCACGCCGAGGAGCAUCCUGAUGCGAAGCCUCGCCCCGUGGCGCCGGUUGGGCUGGCGGAUAAGCUCAAGACAAAGUUGUUUGGCGCGUUCAAGCACUGA